AUGGAGCCUUCCACCGACGAGCGCCAGCAGGGUUCCCGCGACCUCCCCGUCAUGUUCCGACCACCCGUCAACCGCGCAAUGCGCACCCUCGACCGGUCGUUUUUCCGCAAGACUAUUCCGAUCAGCGCAGCCAAGUUCUUCAAGAACUCAGAGAUCUCGAAGGUGCGCCAGGAGCUUCACAAGGCACGGGAUUUGCUGGCAGGUCCGCGUAUCAACGUUGUGCGCGAUCUGAAGGAGCAGGAUGGGGUGAAGAAAGCGCUUUUGCUGCGGGCGGACUUGAAGGCCGAUGAUAAGACGACUUGGGGUCCGACUGUUACUGCGCUUGUUGAGAAGGGAAACGUUGAUGUGACACCUUAUGACUUGGUUUUGGAUUAUGACUACUGGUCUUACUUUGAGAUCAUUAACGCUAUCUUGCCUGAACAAGAGAUGCAAGAGAUCCCUCAAGGGUUCACUCAGGUGGGGCACGUUGCACACCUCAACCUUCGCGAACAAUUCUUCCCUUAUAAGUAUCUUAUUGCCGAGAUCCUGAGAGAUAAAAACCCUUCCAUUCGUACCGUCAUCAACAAGCUCGAGGAUGUCGGCUCUAAAAGCCAGUUCCGCACAUUCCCAUUCGAGGUCCUUGUCGGCGAGAACGACUUGAACGUCAUCCAGCACGAGCAAGAAUGCGAGUUCCGAUUCGACUACGCCCGUGUGUAUUGGAACAGUCGCCUAGAGACCGAGCACCGCCGGCUUGUUGAGAAGUUCAAGCCGGGUCAGAUGGUCUGCGACGUCAUGGCUGGCGUUGGACCUUUCGCCGUCCCUGCGGGCAAGAAGAAGAUCUUCGUUUGGGGCAAUGACUUGAACCCGCACGGAUACGAGGUGAUGCAGGAUGCGGUCACGCGGAACAAAGUUCAAGACUUUGUGACACCCUUCAACUCAGAUGGUCGGGAUUUCAUCAAGUCCUCGGCCAAGGCUCUAUUGGAAGCCGAACCGGUCACUGUCACUAUCCGGCCCAAGGUCAAGCGCAGCGAUAAGCAGCGUAAGGAUGGAGAGGGCCAGGUGGCGCCCGUGGUCCCAACCGAGGUGUAUACCCGCCCGUCCAUUGUGGACCACUACGUGAUGAACCUGCCCGCGAAUGCCAUUGAAUUUGUCGAUGCUUACCAGGGUGUUUACGCUGGCCACGAGUCGCUUUUUGCUCCCAACACCUCUCAGCUUCUCCCCAUGGUUCACGUCUACUGUUUCUCGGGCCACUCUGCAAACGAGGUGGACGAUCACAUCGAUAUCUGCGAGCGGCUGUCUAAAUACAUUGGGUAUACCAUCACUCACGAGGACCGAGUUGGUGGAGCUGGCAAUGCAGCCAUCGAGUUGGCCAUUCAUAAUGUCCGUCUGGUCAGUCCGAACAAGCAGAUGUUCUGUGCUAGUUUCCGUCUGCCGGCAGAGGUUGCUUUCCGGAAGGUGUAG